CCACGCGGGGUCGAUGUUGAAGUUCUAAAGGCCAGUGGGCAUGCGUAAAGACAGUCGGUGGUUAACUUCCGUCAACAAAAUGGCAGGUGAUUCUUGGUUAUCAGACUACGAUGUCUGUGCCCGACUUGGGCAAGAAAUUAUGGAGAAGAUCAAUGAGAGAAACAAGCACAACCGGACCAGCUCAUCAUACACAAAGUUGUCUGCACAAGUUCGAGUGUCAAUGAAACAGUUUUCUGGGGACCUUGGCAAACUUCGACAGAAUCUAAUGAGAGCCUCUUCAUCCUACCAUAUCACCCAGCGUGAGGUGGAACGGAGGCAGCUGCAGCUGGAUGGCCUUACCACCAAAGAGAAACAGAUGGAGCAGGCCUUCCGCAAUGAGCGAGGUGGGGAGACCAGGCAAUCACUGUUGGGAAAUCGUGGAACGGACACAUUUGCCUCCAGUGACCCCUGGGGGAUGAAUGAGGAUCCAGACAACUUCCGAGGGGUGGCUAAUAAUGAGAUUCAGGCUCAGCAACAGGAUAUUAUUAGAGAACAAGACCAGGGGUUGGAGGCUUUGUCGAAUGUAAUAGCACGACAGAAGAUGAUGGCUGUUGAUAUUGGCAACGAAGUGGAUAACCAGAAUGAACUUAUUGAUGAUAUAACUGACCACACGGACCGAACUGGGGAACGACUGAUCAAAGAAACAUCCCACAUUAAGAUUGUAGACCGGAAGUCCAACACUUGUGGUUACUGGAUCGCCAUCGUUCUCCUCUUCAUUGCUAUCAUUGUGAUAGUGGCAGUGCCUUACAAUAAGAAACCCUGAAACAUACAUGAGCUUGCCUGUCUGUGUCCUGUCUGGAUGUCUGUGCUCUGGCUGCUGAAGUCUGGCCCUCAGUAGAGCUGUCUGGCCUCUCCACUACAUCGUAACACAUGCUGGAGGCUGGGUCUGCUCACUCAAGAACCUGUAUCUGGAGCAAUCAACAAGCUGGGAGAUCGUCAUGGUGAUGAAUAGACCUUUACACCUGUUAUUCACACAGGUCUCAGGUGGUCUGCUUCAGACCAGGCGCUCGGGAUACAGACCACAGGCAGAGUCAUUGGAACUGAGUGUGUUAUAACUAGGUGAUGGUUAGCUCAUGCAGGUUUAUUUAUUAAUCAAUCAUUUCUGUAGGUUUGUUGAGGUGAUCUGGUGAGAAAACCAAUAUCUUGACAAUACUGUUGGAAUGGAAAUGUUCCAGUGGUGUAUUUUAUGGGAGUUGAACCAUAGGAGUCUAUUUGUGUUUGUAAACCGAUACUUCUGUGGGUCAUACAAGAUACCGGCUUUGCAAGCAUCAGCAUAAUUAGUCCUUAACAAUUUGGUUUUCUUUUAGGUAUUUGCCUGAUGUUAAUUGUGCAAAACUAAUUUCCUUUAGGAAGUUAACCUCAAAUCAACCUCGACAUGAUUGCUUGUACUUUUCAUUUCUCUUGAGUUUUGCUUCCUGCAACUUUCAAUUUUGUCUGAGAGAAUCUGUAAAAAAUGGCUGGAUUUCUAACAUGUCAUCACUUGGACACUGCAGUUCAUUUUUAGUGAACUACACUUUGAUACAUAUUUUUAAUUUAAUAAAGAAUUGUAUAUUGUAUAUGGAAAUGAAAUAACUUGUAAUGUAUAUUUUUAAAUUGUGUAAGUUUUGUGAAAGAAUUCCUUAAAUAGUAAAGUCCCAUUGCUUCAUCAGGAAUUAAUGUUAUUCAAAGGUGAUGAUCAUGAUCAGAAACUAAUGUUAUUCAAAGGUGAUGAUCGUGAUCAGAAACUAAUGUUAUUCAAAGAUGACGAUCAUGAUCAGAAACUAAUGUUAUUCAAAGGUGAUGAUCAUGAUCAGAAACUAAUGUUAUUCAAAGAUGACGAUCAUGAUCAGAAACUAAUGUUAUUCAAAGGUGAUGAUCAUGAUCAGAAACUAAUGUUAUUCAAAGAUGACGAUCAUGAUCAGAAACUAAUGUUAUUCAAAGAUGACGAUCAUGAUCAGAAACUAAUGUUAUUCAAAGGUGACGAUCAUGAUCAGAAACUAAUGUUAUUCAAAGAUGACGAUCAUUAUCAGAAACAGAUUUUACAAAAUAUUUAUAUAAUGUAUAAAAUUCUUUACAGUAAAUCAAGAUGAAUGAACUUACUCAUAUUGAUGACGUUAGUAAUGUAUUUAUUUUUUACCUUACCUUUUCAAUGUGUACUGAGUAAAUACUGGCUGUGCAAAUCUGUGAUCAAAAUGAUGUUAUGUAAGACUUAUUUAGGAGAUAAACAUACUGUGUUGGAAAAUCAGAGGUAUAUAGCGAAAUUAUAAUAGCUCUAAAUCUUAUUUAAAACCGAACGUGAAUAUAUACCUCGGAAUGACUUUAAUUAACCAAUCGCAAUCCAGUAUUUACUGAAGUCAUGGUAGAAUAGUCCUUAUUGCAGGUUUCAAUGCACCAGAGAUGUAUGAAAAUGUUACUAUAACAUUCCCACAUACCUCACAUUUCACAUGCAUGUUUUUGUAUUUCACAAGAUGUGUUGUGUGAAAGAUUUUGUCCUCAUUGCUCCUUGUGGGUGUUCCUCAUUUUCCUUUUGGAAGAUAUUUAUCCUAAUAAGAAUAAUAAUAUAUCCGACAAACAAUUAUGAAUGUACUUUCCAAACCCUACAGCUAUCUCCUGAAUGAACAUAGAACAACUGUAUAAAUAUUCUAUUUUGUUAAACACAUUUGAGUAUUUGUCAUUCAGCAUGUUUAAGAUAUUGUUUAUGUGAUUAUUAAAAGAUAUGUUUGAUGUAGUCCUUGUUGGACACUGAGACCAGGAGGAUGUUUGUGUCCUACAACCAUUUCUUAUGUAGGAUGAAUAUCCUGACAAUAUUUAGUUCUUUGAAAAACUGAAACACUGACGGCCUCCCAGAAGGAAACACAUAGAAAGUAAAUUGUCAUGAAACAAAUGUUAUCAAUAUAUGUAAUAAUGGAAUGAUCAGAUAGGGUUUGAUAACAUUUUGACAGUUAAUUCAUGCAACCUGAAUCACAACAGUCACUUGUAGGAAUGUACAUAUGUAUUUUUUAAGUGUCUACCUUAAAACAUAUAUGGUAAACAAGGAUGUGAUCAUGUAACUAUAAUAAUUACAUGUGUUAUUUUGUAAAUAAAUAAUUCAAAUUCUU